AUUUGUCACUUCAAAUUGACUCCACAAAAUACAAGUCUGCUAUUGAGCAACCGCAGGACAUUCUGCUUCAGUGAAAUGGCAAACGAAUACCUAUUUCUUCUGGCGUUCGUUGCAUCGCUUCGAUUUAAAUUUGUUUCUUCGUUCAAUCUCGAUAGUAAAGAUACGUUCGUUUACAAAGGUGCAGCUGGUGAAUAUUUUGGCUAUUCGGUAGCGUUACAUGCGCAAGGAAAAGAUGAUCGAUGGUAAGUUUAUCAAAUGUAAUAUUAACGACGCUAGUUUACUUUACAAACAAGUAUUUUGAUUAUUACCAGUAGCUUAAUUUAUACAAUAGAGGAAACUCGGACUUAAAAGGAAAGAAACUAAGGAAAACUCUGCUCCUUGGUCGUGUUUUUAAAGCUCCGUUCUGAAGGCUUCAUGGAAAAACCGGAAACUUGGAAUUUUAAUAUAUGGCUGCUCUCAUAUAGGAAACUUGUUCUAUAAAAUAAUUGUUAUAAAUGGAACAUAAAGCGUUCCACUCGAUGAUCGCACAAUUGAAUCGAAGGACUAAUAUACAAGAGUAAUGAAACCCAUCGUAUUUGUCUGUCUGUAUUGGUUACAUGUAAAAACUACAUAAUACAUUUGAAAUCGGCGCUGACAGAAAAAAACACCGGGCUCUUUGAGUGUAAAAGCCUGCCUCUGUUCCUUUCCGAAGCACCUUUUAGCGAUCAAUGGCGAUAACUAGAUUACAUUUCCACUAGAACCUGUCACGCGCGCAUUUUCCGAAUACCUUUUUAUUAGAUAUGGCCCUUUCUUGACGACAACAAGAUCACGUAAAUUGAUUUUGGAACAGUUGUUAUAUUAUAAAUUUGAAUGUUAUCUGGAGUUGCCGUAUCACCAUAUUUCAAAUUAUCGUGCACCAUUUCGUCGUAAUGCAAUCUAAAGGAGAUUAACGAUAACGUUAUUAAAAAAAGACUUUCGCUCCAACCCAAAGGAUCAAGUGCAAGAAAGCUUACAUCCUGUUUACAUUUUUGUUUGCGUGUGUUCCCGCACAAAACGCAGGAAUGAAAAUAAUGCUAUAAAAUGCAAAUCAGCUUUCUCGUUAAAUCCACAUACUUACGGAGAUUUUUAAAUAAUUAAAAACACUCCACCAUCUUGAGAUUCCCUUUCGAAUAACAGGGCACCUUUUUGUUCGAGACUAUUAUUUUCUGCUGGCGUAUUAGGCCCCAGGUUUACCGUAUUUCAUAAUCUUUCUAUUUUUCCUUUAUUUUAGCUCCCGUAGAAGGUUGGUUUUGCAAACCGAAAUACUAUUGUGAAAUACCAUUUGUUUUUGUUUUGUUUUUAAUUAUUUUUCUCUCGGUAUUUUUGCCGUAAGAAUGAGUGUUUUCCUGUUUUAUUCCUGUUGUACUCCUCCUCGAUUGAUUAUCCACAGGCAGACCACCUUCUGCUAGUGCCGCCGAUGCUCUUAUUCUUCGGCCAUUUCAAUCGACCCAUGACACAUGUAAAGAGGAAAUACAAAUGAAGUUUACGGUGGUUCUGGGACAAAGCACAGCGACGAACCUGUGGUUAGCGCUGUGGUUUUGUCUUAAAACUGCUUUUUUGUAAAAAUGAUAUAUAUCUAAGGGUGGGAAAUGGCUAGCUUGCGUACUUGGGGGAGCAGAGCCGCGAGAAGAUUAGUAGCAAAUCGAAAUCCCACAGUCAACAAGAAAGUGCCCCGCGCAUAACAGUCCCGUCAGAUGCAGGCUAGGUAAUAAGAGGAGGUGGGGGGAUGGGUGGGGAGAAGGGUUGUUUUCUCUCUCCCAACUGUACCUCCGAGAAAAAAAAAAGAUUUUUGUAUCCUUUAUGUACGUUCCGACAAGCCCUUGCCGAGCUGACGUAUCUUUCGAAGAUAAUUAGGCCAAAUCAUGCAAUUUAGGCGCAAAAGCUAUGCAAAACGGGUACUGUAAGCACGGGCAGCCCAAAUUCGCGUUAAGUUGAAGAGGAAAGUGUUUUUUCAUGCUUUAAAGUAUAAAAGGGAGGAAAAACUGCUCCGACAAUUAAAGAAAACCACAACUCUAGUGAAUCAACAUGAACAGAAGGCUUGCCACGACCUUUAAAGUGCCUGUUGUUAAAGUUAUCACGUUACGCUCAAAUCUUUCCCGUGCCUCAGCUCAAAUUCUUGAUUGAAACUUGUAAGCUGCUGAGUUGGUUUUUACCAAUAUCAUGGGACUUCGGUCACAUCGGAACGAUUUUGUUUGCACUAAAAACGUCGCGUGAAAACGUAUCCGAGAAGCACGAUGAGGUCUCGCUUAAAUCGCAAUGAUCAUUUGCUGUAAAUUUCUGUAAUUUUGAGGCUUCUUGUAUUUCGGCCGUCUUUGUUUGAAAUCUUCAAUAAUACAAUUUUUUUAAGCAGAACUUUUUUUAUAUAAGAAACGUUAGGCAGGGAAUGGGAAAAACUUUGACCGGAACUCUAACGUUCUUGGCCAUUGCUUCCCUUGCUUGAAGGCGAAACGAGUACGAAAACGUGCUUCCUUCGGGAAUUCACAACUCCAGUGAAUCAACAUCAACAGAAGGCUUGCCACGACAUCCUAGAAAAAACUUAAGAAAAUAUCUCUAUCUUAAGUGCAGUCAAAUACAUUUUUUUCAUGCUUAGCUGUAUUGCAGAAGAAUUUAGAGAAAUUAACAUAAGGAAUUUUAUUCGCUAAAUUAAUUUUGCUCAACAUUCGUGUGCAAUGUCCAAAAAGCACGACGUUUUAGAGUCCUGCAGGCCCGUCAUUCCUUCAUUACAAAAUGUAAUAAAUUCUUUGUCGUUCAAAUAAUUGUAAAUUGUAUACUCUUUUAUGGGAAAAUAAGAAUGUACAAACUACCCCUCCCCUGGACCAACAUUAACACUUACUUCUCACUUAAAUGUUGGCUUAGGGGAGGGUUAGGUUGGCAGUUUCCCAGAAUGAUCCCAUAAGGUUUUCGCCGUUUAAGCCCCGUAGCGAACAUACAAAAAUAUGUCUUCAAACUGAUCUCCAUCGAUACAUUUCCUUAAGAUAAUUAGAUAAAAGAUUAAAGCAUUUUGUCUGUGCUUAUCAUAUUAUUAGUUAUUAUAAUCUUCUCUAGGCAAGAGAGGAUAAAAGCCCUCGAAGAGAUAUGAGGCUUCUUCCUUGAUUUCGGAGGAAGGGCGAGGUUGCCGUUGCAUCACUGUCCGUCAAUUGCAAGAUUGAGGCGAUCUCAGACUAAAAAUACGGAAAAAUUUCGACCCACUUCCUCCCCCUAAAUCAAGAUGGAAAUAGCGCGUUUUAACCUUCGGGAGGCUUCAUCCCAUAUUUCGGGUUAUUUGGGGAUUGCUGUUCCAUUUUAUUCUGUUCAAGAUUGUAGCCUAAAUAAAGAAAGGCGAGACCCAUUUUUGUUGUAUCAAAAUUUCGUUUUCUUGGCUUAGAAUUAUUCUGCUUGAGAAUGAAAUUCUCUCUACCUCUUUCUCUGACUUUUUUGGUCACUUUACCUUUUUGCUUUGUUCAUUAUUUUCAACAUCUUCUUAAUUUACACUUUUUUCUAGGGUUAUAGUUGGUGCACCGUUAACAAACAAGACGGGAAGCUCCAGAGAGUUCUAUCAUCGAUACGGAAGUGUUUAUAAAUGCAAUGCUAACUCAGGACAGUGUAGUGUAAUAUCUGUGGACGAGCAACGUAAGUUGAAUUUUAUCUGUUGGUUGUAUGUAUGUGCUGUUAUUUUGGGUGUGUCGUCAAUGUGUCGUUGUACACUAAGGAAGUUAUAAUAUAAAAUGGUGUUUGCGCAGGGUAGUAAUAUUAUAUAUACAGUAUACCGACCCAUGAAGCUCGCCGAAACACAUUUCCCACGUGAAUGCCGACUAGGCACUCAAGUCGGCGGUUAAAGUAAACCAGCUUUACUUCCGCGACAUAUGUACUUUGGCGUCUUUCGCGUAAAAAACCGCCCGAGGUUAGGCUGGGCCGUUGUCUACGUCGCAGACUAAAUUUGAUCAGAGUCGAGUUUCGUCUGUGUCGCAGGCUGCUGGGCCGAAUUGGCCGGAUAUAACUUAGUAUACAGGGUGAACUAAUUAACCUGAUUGCGACCUAUCCCGUUUUUUUUUUUCUCGAUUAUUUCAUCUCGCUUAGUUAGGUGGGGCAGAUUAAAUUUAAGCUGAGAAGAGUCCUAGUCCGCCGAGCCCAGAUAGAUGCUCAUCUCUCAAAAGAGGAAAAUUCAUUUCAUAUCGUAGCUAGUUGUGCAGGGAUGGCAAAGAAACUCACCACAAAAAAGGGAUGAUAUUUCAACUUGUUGUUUUAAUCGCUAAAACCCACUGUGUUUUUUUUUUUGUCGUUCCCGACCACAACGUGGACAAUUUUCCGUUUUCAUCAUGGUUUUGUAAGGUCCCUCAUAUCUCCCGUCUAGUAUCCGAACCAAUUCAGUUUUUUCGGCAAAAACACACACAUCUGAGUUAAUUGAGACUGACAUUCAUGUGUUAUGCACAAAUGUUCCAUAACAAUCCGACCAUGACAGCUUGUAGUGUACGGAGCCGGGAGAAUAAUGGGACCUCAGUGUUCCCAUUUUUCCCUAAGGGCAUUGAUCUCUCUUAAUUGGUUAAACUUCCGUUGGGCGUAAAGAACAUUUGUAGCGGGUAACAGACUGUCAUAUCUCGGGUGGUCAAAAGCUUUUAGCACCUCUUCAGCAGAUUAUGAAAACAGAGCAAUUAUUUUCACCUUUGGCUGGAGCCUCCUGGCCAGCUGUUUGUAUAAUUUGAUCAAUUGUUUUUAUCUUUUCCUUUCGUGUUUUUUUGGAAAGUUUGCGGUUGCCUUAAAUGAAUUUCUUUAUUGAUUGAUCUUAAUUAAAAUAAUUGCACCGGACGUGAAAAAAUUCUGGUCUAAAGAGACCGUGAUCCAAAUAUUUUCCCAGGAGAGUUUGAAGACAAUCCAUUUCAAGAUGAUAUAUUAUAUUUGUAAUCGCGCGACUGAUGUAUUAUUUAAAAUAGUAAGUACGAAGUCGGCUUAUUUAAUAGGUGUCGUGUCUGUUUAAUUUUCUUUUGAGAAUUGGCGCCGCGUCUUUUUUCAAAAACAUUUUCAAAGUAAACUACGUACAAUCCCGGACAUUUACUGUUAACUUCUUAAACAGGAAUUAUAAUACAAUAUUAGUCAUACCUUUAUUUUCGCUUGGGUUUUCGCAUGUUCAGAACAUAUGUUUUCUGUGAACUGGUUGCAUUUGUAUUAAUUCCGGAAAUUCUCGGAGAAAAUGUCGGGAUCAGAGGAGAAAGUCAGCAGAAGUGAAGUUAGAGGGAGUAGAAAUUAAAGCAGCUACUGCUAGGUUAAGUCAAAGUGUCGCCUCUUUCGUUAUCCGAGAGUUGCAUGGGUGUGUCUUUUAAUAUUCAGAGGUGAUUUUUUUGUUUAAGGUCAUGCCAUAGUUUAACCUUUCACGUAGACAUUCUCUUCGUUCGUCACGCAAUCUCCCCACAGUAACGAACAUUGGGGCGGACCUGCGAUACGUGACGAGGUCACACAAUCAGACGGUCUGCCAUAGUCUGUUAAGGUCGCUCUGAGCCACACACGAAUAUAUUAAACUUUCAUCUGUUGUCUACGUAACUGGAAUUUUUUUGGAACGCUAAUUGAAUUUUAAAAAAUGCUUGAAAGCUAUUUCUGAGCUUUCACGAUAUCGACAUCAGAGGUAGCCUCCCACGCAAACGUUCUUUUGGCUCGUCACUCACUUCUGCGCAACGUAACGUUCGUGGGCAUGGAACGCGUGAUAUGCUUUUGGAAUGCUCCAAAGACCCUCUCUAAGCCACCAAAGGUUCUAUCUUAGGAGGAUAUGGCAGUUUUAGAUCAAUUAGCUACUGACAUCAUUAGCUUGUGCCCCGGCUUGUGCCUUAUACACAAAAUGUUCCUGUAGCGUUAUGCACGGCCAUGAAGACCUUGUUUGGUUGAUGUUUGGGAUCAAUUAUGUUUCUGGGAAACUGCCCAUUUACCCCUCCCCUAAGCUAACCUUAACACUUACUUCUCACUUAAGGCAAAAAACGCAAAAUGAUGGCUUAGAAGAGGGAAUUGAUACAAUUGAUCUGAUGUAUCCUUGCAUUUCGCGUAGCAUUAAAACUUGAAAAAGUUGGCCCAAUUUUUUUUAAGCUUCAUCCUUGUCCAUCCUUGCCAUCCGUAGCAAUAGAUGACAGGAAACAGUUUCCAUGCCUAUAUAUAUUCUUGAAUAACAAAACUGGACCAUUAUUUCCAGAAUUACAUACCACUGAUGCGAAGGCAUGUUUUUUUAAAAAAGAAAUGUAUGAAAUGGUUGAAUGUUUGAAUAUCUCCACAGGUCAAACAGAUAAAGAAGAAAAGAGUGGGCAGUGGCUUGGAGCAACGGUAGUCACUUCCCCUUCCACCACUAACGAUGGAAAAGUGCUGGUAGGAACACCCACACUCAGUGUUAGUUUUUUCUUAGCCUGCGUAGCGCUGACGAAAUUAGGCUGAUUUAACAACAGAACGGGAACGUCAUUUGACGACGGGAAAGGCGCGGAAAGGACUAAAUUCGACUUUCGGUGCGUAAUUUGCACCUCUUCCAUUGGUCAAGCCAGUUGUUUGAUUUGCGCGCGCAGUCGUCAACUGACGUUCCCGUUCUGUUGGUAAAUCAGCCAAUUGUUUGUCCGCGCAUGGAUGCAAGUGUUUUGUUUUGCUAAUAUAAACCUAUUGCUUUUUUGCCGUUCGCGUCGCCGUCGUCGUUGCUUAGUUUUUGCUACGAUGGUAACUUGACGUCACAAUUCUCCUCUCUAAUAGGCUUCUUCCUACUUUUCCAAAACCGCUAACUUUCAAAACGAGCCUGAGUCCAAAACGUUUCAUGUAAAAAUGAGUUUUAUUUGCAUGAGAAUAUAAAAACUUGUAAGUUGCGCACGGCGGUCGUUUUUGGAGACGCUUGAUUUUAUCAUGAAAUAAUAGUUGUCAUUUUAGUUAUGAUAGUUUUGCUGUCGAAUCAUUUCUCUUCUACUGCCCCAAAUAUUUUACCCUUGGAAAUAAAUUCUUCACUAACAUGAAGGUUUUUUUCUUCCAAGAUUUUUUAGUUAUUUAAAGACUCUGAUUGUUGGUUGUUGCGGGUUGUUGUUGGUUAAAACCCGCGACCUCCCGCUCAGCAGACCGGCACUCUCCCAACUGAGCUAACCAGGGGGCGGUUCUUGUUGAUUUUUGUAGGUUUGUGCACCGAGAUAUACAUACUGGGGUAGAGUAACCAACCCGAAUAAGAAGGACAGAAUACUUAUGGGAAAAUGUUUUACUAUUCAGAACAAUUUAGAAUACGCGGAGAAGAUUAAACAAACCUGCGAUCACGGUGGUAGGCAUAAAUAUCCUCUUAUCUAUUAGGCUCGUAAUAUUUUCAAAGUGAUCAGUAUUUAUUCAGCCUAAACUGGACUUUUUUGGAAUAAGCUGAUUCAGAAUUGUUUUCUAGUUCUAUCGUCCCAUAGUUCUAGUCAGUCAUUCGUGAGCGUUCUGUUUCGAUUAGAAAGCAAAAAAAAAUCCGUAACCUUUUUUAACCAGCGUACAGUUAAAAGGCUGCCCUUUUUUCUUGUAUCGAUGUCCCAAAUCCUUCGUUAAAAGCAAACGACAUACGAAAAUUUUUCGCAAUCAGGGGUCUCAAUAAAAAUUGAAGAAGCCAGCAGAUUUGAAUAGAGUAACCGCGACCAGUAGGCCCGUUCUUCAGUGGGACAUGCUAGCCCAGAAAAUAUCUAAAAAAUUUCCAAUCCCUAAAAGGUAAUUUCCAGCUUUCUCGGGAAAAAGUGAGUACAAUACUAAUUAAUAGUGGCAGUUUUUAUGUGUAUAAUACAUUUCUUGGAAAACAAUGAAUAUGAAGUAAAUGAAAGUGAGUAGUAGCACUGACACUGCACAUCAUUCAAAAUGUAGCAGCCAGUCACUUAUUGUCAAAUAUUUAACUGUUGUGACUGUUUUAACACGUUUUGACAGAAUCUUUCUUUAAUAUGAUACUUCAUUUCCAGCUCCGAUGGCAUAAAACUAGCCGACUUCUAUGAGCAAAGUAGCUGACUCGUUUCGUCGAUUGUCGGUGCUUAUUUAUACCCCUGCGUAAUAAUAAACACUUAAUGACUGGUCCCGAGGAAAACAGUAAAUUUUGCUACAUUGAGAUUCGAGGGAAACAAAAUUAAAUGUUUCUCGAGGGACCAGUCUUUAAGUGAUUUGUUAUAUAGGUGGAAAGUUUGAAGCUGGAAAUUCAUUAAGCCUCGCUGUUAACAGCGGUCGUCGGUCAACAUUAGUGAGUAACAGUACAAUGUUAGCCUCUGACGUCACAGAUUUUGCAGUGUAUCCCGCUCAGAGAUUUUGGCGGGAAACAGUUUCAUUGUAGAUGUCAUGUGACCUCAAAGUAACCAAUGACUGCUUUGCUACUCUUCCAGGUAGGGUUUUAAAAUUUUGUUCUUUAUUUCUAGAUGAUCCGACAAAUGAUAAUUAUAAGGACAUAAAAGAUGCUACGUGCCUAGAAGGCUUCAGUGGAGCCAUGCUGACAAACGGCGGAUUUCAAACUUAUGUAAUGGGACUACCUGGCCGGAAGUUGGAUGGUAAGUUCAAACGUUCUUGGUAUUUUUAGAUGAGGGGUGCUUUCCAUUAUGCCAAAAUUUUUGGAAAUUUCGGUCUAGAAAUAAAUGGAACGCUUCGCUCCGCUUGAAAACUUUCUGGUCAAAGUGGUCCACCUCUGAUCCAGAGCUAGUCCUCUUUGACUGGUCGGUCUGGUCCGACCGAAACUUACCGUUCCACUUUCAAAAAUAUUGUUUCUAGUCUCACUUCGCAGAGAAGUAAUCAAUAUUUUGGUCUAAACGUAAAUGGAACGCUUCGGUCCGGUUGAAAACUUUGCUUCAAUCGAACAAUGUCGUUCUAGUUGCAUUGGUUUCUGACUGGUCUGUUUGGCAAUGGAAAGCACCCGAGAUUUUCUUAAUGGGGUUUUUAGCUACAAAUAUCCCUAGAAAUACUUGGGAGAAAGCUUUAUCACUCGUUCCAAAGGUUUAAUUUUUUCUUCUCGUUUGCACUUGAGCCGCAAAGCAACAGAAAGAAAGGAAAAACCCCUCGUACCUUUCUGAUUUCUGAUUUCUAAACUCUUUUUUUUGCCCAAGUUACCCCUGUGUAAAAUUUUAGUUGUACGAAAGGGGUUUAAGUAAGUUGAUAUUUGGUAUCCGUUUUAUCCAGCGUGCGUGGCCAAUUUUUAUAGGGCGCGCGAGGGGCAACCUCGUCCCCAGGGCUUUUCCCUUAAAAAAAAUUUUUGAGGGAAAAGCCCGGGGGCCAAGGUUGCGCGAGGGGAACACGCGAAAGGGAGAGGAGGCGCAUGUAGUGAAGGCCCUAUUUUACCGUUUUCUACGUUCUUUGGUGUGCUAAGAAUUCCAUUCGCUCAGGGCGUCUCGUGGGAGUUAGUCUGUCACCUCAAAGUGUUAUUUUUCAUUCAAUGGACAUUCGAGUCUUGUAAACAAAACAUACGCCGCGCCCUACUAUUUAGAAACUUUAACAAACUCAAGGAAGUUGGCAGCAUUUCCCUUUCGUUGCAGGUUCUAUGUCAGUGUUUAACGUGCCUGUGGAGCCGGACACGACGUUCUACACCACUUGGGCUGAUGGUAAAGAUGAAAGCAGACCAAAAGAUCGAACUGGACAAAACUUUGGUGAGUAAUGUAGUUCCGACGUUAUGUACUGUCAGAACAACUAAAGAAAUAAAUUUUCGUCUUGCUGUUGAAGCAGCAUACCUCAUUUAAAUAAGUUCUUCCUUCUUUGUUUUUUUUUCUCGUCAGUGUACUCUUUUGAUUUUACCUGCUACCUAGAACCUAUAUUGUUCAGGGAGCUAAGAAGGAAACCAACUGGUUCAUUUAGCUUUCUAGCUCGCACAUUAUUUUCAUUAAAUUUAAUUAAUCUGCUAUUAGAAGUAAGUCGACCAGAUUGUAAUAUUAACCAUGUACAUCAACAAAAGGAUAAUAAAGAUUAUUCUAUUCUAUUCUACUAAUAUUUUUCCAAGUUUGGACCUGAUUUAAAAACGUGUUAAUGUAUUUCAAAAUAAUAUUUUCAAUUGGUUCUUGUCUUUAAAUGCAUUGACACGUUGUUUGUCAGCUUGGUACUAGGAGUAAGUUGAGUGUCAGCUUCUAAAGUGCUUGGAGUUCGACUUGACUCGAACAUCCGCGACUUCAAGGAAAGCGUUUUCUACAUUGCCAUUCCCUAAAAAAAGUCAAAACAGUCACCUUCUUCAAGCUUGUUAAACGCUCUCAACAGUUCACCCGGAGCGAUAAUUACCAAACGAUUUAUGCUGCCAGAAUCAGUCUGAUCAGUGAAUUGGGAAGAAUCAAAUCAUAGUGCAGAUUUUAUAGGUCGCGAUUACAUCACUGAAAUCAAAUUCCUUUACUUCUUAUCUUCUAAAAUUUUGAUCUGUGCCUUGCUCAUCUGUAGGAUAUGCUGUUGCCGUCGGAACUUUUACAUCAAAAACCAGAGAAGGUACUAGUUAUAACGACACUAUAUAAGUUAGGCUUAGUUGGUAAAAGGGCAAAAACAAAGGAAAAAACAGAAUGGAAGAAAAACCUAUCACAGAACUUCAACUGCUUCUUACCAAUUCUCCUUCGUCAAGCGAUGUUGUUUCCGCCAUUUUGCGUUAUAAAGCCAUUGGGCCGGGCGAGUAUAGAAUCCAUGAGAACCGUCCCGGUUUAGCCGCCGGCGAGUUUUAGAUUUCGAGUUGUACAUAAGGCGGCUUCGUAAUGGCUCUAGAAGCGAACAGACAGUAAAACACACAACAAAAACGCAAGUCGAGUAAUUUUUAUUGCGUUUUUGUUUUUUCAAUAAAUGGAUUUUAGGACUUUCUUGUACGUUUUCCAUACAUUCUCUUAUAAAAUUCAGAUUCCAACGAACUCUCAGAUAUAUAUAUAGAGAGAGAGUCUGGGCCUCCUGUGGUUUAGCUUGGGAAUUGAAAGUCACCCGGCCGUUAGCGCAAAGGAGUGAGUCACGAAGAAUUGGGACGUAACCGUUUACCUCGCGAUUCUCAAGUGGAGAGCUUCACACAGGAUAGGCCUGGUUUACAAAGACAAUUUUGUUUCUAGUUUGAAUUGAAGUUCAGUGGAAGUUCUCCUAAAGGACACUCUCGUAAGCGGACAGCUCUACUUACAGUCACCUUCAGAAAACUCCACGUUUUUCUCAACUCCCAAACAAACUCUGUAUUUUUACAUUCCCGUAAGCGGCCAGCUCCCAGUUACGGACACUUUUUUGAGUCUCGAGGAUGUCCACUUGUAAUUGUAAAUUGUGAUUUGUUUAACCACGAAGCACUUAAGAAUUGGCUGAAACGUGUCUGCGCGUUUCAAAUCGAACUGGAAUUUGGAAGUUGGUUUUUAAGGAGAGGAGAAUACCGGAGUACCCGGAGAGAAACGUCUCGGAACAAGUGAGAGAACCAACAGCAAACUCAACCCACAUAUGGCGUCGACGCCAGGAUUCGAACCCGGGCUACAUUAGUGGGAGGCGAGUGCUCUCACCACUGGGCCACCCGUGCUUUCGAGAGCUUCCGCUGUAGAGACCUAUUCGGCUAACUCAAUGUUGCACCCUAUUCAAACCCUUUGAUAAUAAAACGUUUUGUUUCAGGAAUUUCCAUAUCGUUUAAAUGUGAAUGCCACAUUAUGAUGCAAAUACAAUUUUUUAAAGAAUCUUAGGAGAGAUUUGAAUUGGGUACAACAUUGAGUUAGCCGAAUAGGUCCAUUAACUCGAACGUUUAUGUUCUUUUGUCACAGAAUUUGUUGCAAGUUCUUACCGUACAGGAAAUCUUCAAGGAAAGGUAUUAUUCAGAGGUUAAGAAGAUUCAAUACCAGCGACGCUUAGCGUUUUCACACUACGUUAUACUUAAGUGUCAAAGACUGUUGUGAUUGCUUAUCUAUAUUCGAACUGAGUGCUUUGCAUUACAAAAGCAACAUUUUCUUGAAGGACAACAACAUAGGCAGGAAUUAAAAAUUGGAGAAAUAUGUUAUUUUCAGUAUGCUUUCAGACAAGAUACAUGUAAUGUUAAAGUAAAAAUACUCCUGUAAAACUGCGUGGCAUGGCAUUCGUGCGAUAUGCGUCAUCAUUAGGUAAUAUUUAACAAUUAUUCUUUGAAAUCGAGGUGAAUAGGUGGUUUUCACGUUACGUCAUCGCCGCCAUGCUGGUGGACGGUAAACAAAAGAUCGCUCAUUAGCUGGCUUUGUUUGUCCACCAGCAUUUGUUCAUUUCAUCAUUGUUAUUUGUGUCUCCCGAGAUUACAUGAAAACCACCUAUAGUGGCUAAAUAUUUACCGAAAUAUUCCCAAAGCCACUAUUCACCGAGAUUGAAAAGAAUUGGAAUUGAGCCUGCGAUUAGUUGAAAACUAGUAACUUGUCAGCGGAGAACUUCACAAAACACGUAACCUUGAUGAGUGGACACUUGAGCUUGCGAUAUGGUCAUGUGAUACUGGUUAGUCGAUACCCUGUUUUGACCGCUAUCGAUUGACCACAACAACGUAUGCAAUAUCAAGUUGCAGGCUCCCAAUCCAGCUAGAGAGUAUGACAUUUCGCCUUGGUACGGACGGAGGGACGAACAGGCAGACGUACGGUCACGUGAUUACCAAAUUUCUCGGGUGGAUAGAUAGUGUUGAGAUUGGUUAUUUGGUGCUCUAAAGUUGAACAGGUAUCAAGUGAUGACUCUUGAAACAUGGUUAAAGAUCUAUACAAACGUCUGUAAUUUUGUUACAGCGUCCCCUCAAACCAUGUAAACUCUUGAAAAUAUUUUUCAGUUUUUAACUCGUGGGGACGAGCGAGCGUACCACGAGUUAUUGCAGGGACUACUGGAUAUGCAAAUUAGUCACUCGCUCACUCGUAGUAGACGGACAUCGGGUCGAGGUUAAUCUGAAUUCCAGAGUGCGAAGAUCUAUCGUUUCCGAUGAAGCACACGCUCCCCGAAGUUCGGUGUGAUCAAAUUCUUAUGAGAACGUGCAUCGUACGCUGCUCAGACUGAGAGUUUUCUUUGUGGCAAUUAUUUUACAGCACGGUUAGAGGUCUUACCAAAUUUAAGACACGGAGGAGGCUUUCAGAUGAGUACGAUGGUUAAACUCGGGAUUUGAUUGACGAGAAGAUGAGCAUUUUCUCUUCGACUCCGCAAGAUCACGGGGGAUAAACUGUAUACAAAUUCCAGCUUUCUGGAAAGUGGUCUGAAAGUGAGAAAAUAUCAUGUCAUGCUAUUCUUAAGAACCUGUAUAAGCCAAAAAUGGAUGUGAUUUUGACCAGUAGCUUCAAAGUAACAGCGGAAAUCGAGAUAAGAAAACAUAUGUUUUGCAUCAUACUUCGUAGACGAGGUGUAUCGGCUUUGUUAAGCAUACAAUGUAUGUUCUUUCAUUCAUUCAUUACCGUGAAAUGCGUUCUGUUUUUGUUGUUGUUUGUUUUAAACUGUCAGUAGCGCCGUUUUACGCGGCUCGAUCAUCUUUAACGGCGUUUGCCGAUGGAUUUUCCGUGGAAGAGGCAUUAAAUAAAAAACCUUUCGCUGAAAGGACGUCUUUAGCCAUAGUGGUGUAGUGGUCAGGUGAAGUUCGCAACGAGCCGAAGGUGCGGGGUUCGAGCCCUGCUCAUUUCUUUCUUUCUUCGGUCUUUUUUUCUUUCUUUUUUUUCCCGUUUUUGUUUUGUUGUUUUUCUUUAAAUGUAUACCUAAAUACAUAACUCUUAUUUAAUAAAGUGCAAUAAACAGCAAGAAAAGUAUUGUGUUUCCUCUUGAUUAAAUAUAUGGAUAAACAAUCUGAAUUUCUAUCAUUUCCUACAAUUUACUGUGGGAAAACCGGAAUUGAUAACCAUUUGAUUAUUUUAACAACAUAGGCAGGAAUUAAAAAUUGGAGAAAUAUGUUAUUUUCAGUAUGCUUUCAGACAAGAUACAUGUAAUGUUAAAGUAAAAAUACUCCUGUAAAACUGCGUGGCAUGGCAUUCGUGCGAUAUACGUCAUCAUUAGGUAAUAUUUAACAAUUAUUCUUUGAAAUCGAGGUGAAUAGGUGGUUUUCACGUUACGUCAUCGCCGCCAUGCUAGUGGACGGUAAACAAAAGAUCGCUCAUUAGCUGGCUUUGUUUGUCCACCAGCAUUUGUUCAUUUCAUCAUUGUUAUUUGUGUCUCCCGAGAUUGCAUGAAAACCACCUAUAGUGGCUAAAUAUUUACCGAAAUAUUCCCAAAGCCACUAUUCACCGAGAUUGAAAAGAAUUGGAAUUGAGCCUGCGAUUAGUUGAAAACUAGUAGCUUGUCAGCGGAGAACUUCACAAAACACGUAACCUUGAUGAGUGGACACUUGAGCUUGCGAUAUGGUCAUGUGAUACUGGUUAGUCGAUACCCUGUUUUGACCGCUGUCGAUUGACCACAACAACGUAUGCAAUAUCAAGUUGCAGUCUCCCAAUCUAGCUAGAGAGUAUGACAUUUCGCCUUGGUACGGACGGAGGGACAAACGGGCAGACAUACGGUCACGUGAUUACCAAAUUUCUCGGGUGGAUAGAUAACUGAUUUUUCUUAGCCAUGGGGCUCUGCCAUCAUCAUUUUUAAAUAUUAGAAAAAAUUUUGUUUUUUCUUAGUGAAUUGGCAAUUUCGGAGUUGCGUAGGGAACUGGGGCGAGUUUAAAAUUUAAACUAAUCGCUAAACUGACACCACCAAAAGGACAUGUUGAGAUUGGUUAUUUGACCACGUUUGGUGCUCUAAAGUUGAACAGGUAUCAAGUGAUGACUCUUGAAACAUGGCUAAAAAUCUAUACAAACGUCUGUAAUUUUGUUACAGCGUCCCCUCAAACCAUAUAAACUCUUUAAAAUAUUUUUCAGUUUUUAACUCGUGAGGUAGCGAGCGUACCACGAGUUAUUGCGGGGACUACUGGGUAUGCAAAUUAGUCACUCGCUCACUCGUAGUAGACGGGCAUCGGGUCGAGGUUAAUCUGAAUUCUAGAGUGCGAAGAUCUAUCGUUUCCGAAGAAGCAACGCUCCCCGAAGUUCGGUGUGAUCAAAUUCUUAUGAGAACGUGCAUCGUACGAGAGUUUUCUUUGUGGCAUUUUUUUUACAGCACGGUUAGAGGUCUUCCCAAAUUUAAGACACAGAGGAGGCUUUCAGAUGAGUACGAUGGUUAAACUCGGGAUUUGAUUGACGAGAAGAUGAGCAUUUUCUCUUCGACUCCGCAAGAUCACGGGGGAUACACUGUAUACCAAUUCCAGCUUGCUGGAAAGUGGUCUGAAAGUGAGAAAAUAUCAUGUCAUGCUAUUCUUAAGAACCUGUAUGAGCCAAAAAUGGAUGUGAUUUUGACCAUUAGCUUCAAACUAACAGCGGAAAUCGAGAUAGGAAAACAUAUGUUUUGCAUCAUACUUCGCAGACGAGGUGUAUCGGCUUUGUAAAGCAUACAAUGUAUGUUCUUUCAUUCAUUCAUUACCGUGAAAUGCGUUCUGUUUUUGUUGUUGUUUGUUUUAAACUGUCAGUAGCGCCGUUUUACGCGGCUCGAUCAUCUUUAACGGCGUUUGCCGGUGGAUUUUCCGUGGAAAAGUUAAGGCAUUUAAUAAAAAACCUUUCGCCGAAAGGACGUCUUUAGCCUUAGUGGUGUGGUGGUCAGGUGAAGUUCGCAACGAGCCGAGGGUGCGGGGUUCGAGCCCUGCUCAUUUCUUUCUUUCUUCGUUCUUUUUUCUUUCUUUUUUUUCCCGUUUUUGUUUUGUUGUUUUUCCUUAAAUGUAUACCUAAAUAUAUAACUCUUAUUUAGUAAAGUGCAAUAAACAGCAAGAAAAGUAUUGUGUUUCCUCUUGAUUAAAUAUAUGGAUAAACAAUCUGAAUUUCUAUCAUUUCCUACAAUUUACUGUGGGAAAACCGGAAUUGAUAACCAUUUGAUUAUUUCAAACAACGUACCCACGAGUGGACGAUAGUCUUUCUUUGAUUGUGUUAAACUGUAAAAUUCGUCAUGCAUCUUCUACUUGGAAGGAACUAAUUCGAAAAUCACUAUGUUCGCCCCUUUUCAGGAAUAUCACAGAAAUUGUGAAAAAAAUUAGGAGUUCAUAUGGUUUUGGAGGACGCUGUAACAAAAUUACAGACGUUUGUAUGGAUUUUUAACCAUGUUUCAAGAGUUAUAACUUGAUUCCUGUUCAACCUUAGAGCACCAAGGUUGGUCAAAUAACCAAUCUCAACAUGAUCUUUUAUUUGGUGGUGUCAGUUUAUAGAUUAGUUUAAAUUUGAAACCCGCCCCAGUUCCCUACGCAACUCCGAAAUGGCCAAUUAGCAAUGAUUUUCUGAAGCUCUUGUAAGCGAUCACUCUCGAUUGCUUUACCAUGUGGUCGCUUACGAGAGAUCAUUCUCGUAAGCGACCAGCUCUAGUUACAACCACUUUUUCAAUUUCCGAGGUGGUCUCUUAUGGAGAGCUUCGACUGUAUUAUGCAUAUUAAUUACAUAGUAUUUGCAAGCCGCUCAGCUAAGUGACUCAUCAUUGCAUUUUAUUCUUGUAGGUUGUCGCUUUUGGCAUUCCAUCCGCAAGAGUUAACAGCCUUGUUAAAAGGUUUACACUUCCAUUGCCCAAAGACCCUAAGGUAUACCUUACUUUCGUCUUUCACUUCAAUUUUGGCGAAACCAGUAUGUUAAUCAUAAUUAUAUGCUCGCGCACCUAUUUUUUUAAAUAAGAGUUUGUGUUUCUUUAGUUUCAGAUGGGAAGCAACUUCGGGCAGUCACUAUGUGCAGUCGACUUGAAUAAUGACGGGUAAAAAUAAACAUACUCUGAGUAGUUUCAUUCUUAGAGUGCACCAUGAUUCAUCGUGUGGUCCUCCGUAGCUUAACCCUUUAAGCCCUAAGAGUGAUCAACAUCAAAUUUCUCCUUGUAAUAUCAAUGCUUUGUAAAACAGAGUGAUCAUGAGAAUUAUGGACAUGAUCACACAAUAUGUAUUUGCUUGAUAUUUUAUCAACUUCUCCCCACUACUUCUAUAGGAAAUGAAUAGGGGCAACAAAUGAGAAUUCAAAUUUAGAUCUUAGGGUUUAAAGGGUUAAUACAGCCGUCAAACCUGUAUUAAGCAGACAGUUAGCUGAGGAAUGUUUCAAACGUUACGUCUCAUAUUUUAAGUAAAACAGACACCUUUAUUUAUCGGACACCAGCGAAGGUCCCGUGGGUGUUUCUUCUCAUAUUUUUAGUAAUACAUAUUUAUUAUUCCGUGUGUUUGCUUAUUUUAUUUAAUCUAUUUUUUAUUCCUUUCAGUUUUACAGAUAUGUUGGUCGGUGCUCCGUAUCACCGUCACGAAAAAUUCGGUGAUGAAGGGCGAGUGUAUGUGUACAUGAACAACCAAAAGGUACAAAUUGCAUAAUAUUUCUUAUCCUUAGUUCGCACAACUACAAUUCAUCCUGCGUGUUCUUCCCAUGUUUACCGCUAAAUCGCAUAACUAUGGAAAGAAGAUGGAAAAAUGGAUCCUUGUUGAUGUCUAUAGUAAUUACCUUUUUUGAAUUUCAGACACCACUCAACCACAUGCAAGAAUUAACUUUAGAUGGUCCAAAGGAGAAGGGUUCCCUGUUCGGCUUUGCCAUGGCAGUAGCAGGGGAUUUAAACAAAGACGGUUUUCCAGGUAUUUUAAAUACGCCGAAUGAUUGUGACAAAGUAUAACAAAGGAAGAGAUAAGAGUUGCUCGCACUAACAGAAAAAUUAAACUGAUUUCAAAACCCGCGAAGCCAACCUGGAACUCAAGAGAGAUCGAAACGAAGUAGGCUUGAAAUUCAUGGUAAAGUGUGUCAAAAUACCGCCUGGGAUUAUUAACGAGCCCAACUAAUUACUUAAUCAAAUAUCCGAAUUCGAAAAGAGAGCUUAAAUACGAAAAAUUACUGAUUAUUUUUAACGAUGCAGGGUGCAAAGAAAUUUAUCUUUAAAGCUUGCCAUUCGGGCAAGCUGUACUUAGUACGCACUAGCCUAAAAGUCAUUUCGACUAGCCGUAAAAGAAAGGGUUUUUUCAUGAACGGGAUUGAUUAUAGUUCUUCUGUGAUCUCUGAACUUCACUUGCCAGUCGGGCAAGUAAAAACAGAAUUCAGCAGCCUCGCAAAAUCCACUAGCCCAGGGCUAUUGUCACUACUUUCUUUGCACGCUGCGAAGGCGUUUGAUAUAGUGACGUGAACACUGAGUUUUUUCAUGAGCUAUCCAAUAUUGAACUAGUAUUGAGUUUAGAAAAGUCACAUCGCCGUAUUAGUGCGAGCUUGUCGGACAGCAUUUUGCCUAUUAUACAUUUUCACCUUAAAUGUUGUCAUCUGACUCUUAAAAUUUUCUUUAACCAACAGAGGUAGCGAUCAGUGCACCUUAUGGAGGCAACGACAGGGGAGGUGUAGUUUACAUAUAUUUUGCUACAAAAGAUGGAAUCGAGACUUCGCCUAGACAGGUUUGGGGUUCUUGCUCGCAGUAUUUCGUCAAUUUCCUGCAAUGUUGUCAUAUAGUGACAUAAUUACUUUAGACUUCGAGUAAUCGUGAUGAAGGGCGCACAAAAUACGCGAGCGCGCGUGAAACUUCACCCACGACGAAGGUAACAUGGGGAAGAAAAAGACUCUCCUCUCGCGAGGCGAUUUCUACGCGCGCAGGUCCGCGCGCUCGCGUAUUCCGUUCAAAAAUGUUCAAUAUACUCCACUAGGCUCCAGUCGUCAACCACUUGAGUCUACUCUAGUCGUAAAAUACCUCUAAAUUUUUUUACCUCCCACGGAUAGAAGUAAGCAAAGAAUCGGUAGAAUCUAUUUGUGUUUCCAAUGGAAUAUAGUCAUGUCCCCGUAUUGGGCAACACUCAUCUAGUUCGCUUAACUGUCCCUAAGGAAAUAUGGGACAAGCCGUACUAGUGUAAAUUUCUUUUUAGGGCAUCGAGAACAUCACUAACGAAUAUUUUUGACCCCGCCGAAUGCUCGGGAAUUUAAUAUUUGCCAACUUUCUCAGGCUAAGUAACUCUCUUAACUCCUUUUCGUUUUCAACAACAACCAUAUAAAUUAGCGGUAAACACGUUUUCUUCUUGUAAAGGAGACGAUCUUACACAACGUCGAUUUUUAGCGCAACAGCCAGAGUGGUGUAACGUUUUUGCAACUUUGUUUCGACUGGUUGCAUCAUUUUUCCAACAAUUCAACACUGCGUUCCGCUAAAAGUCGUCGUUGCAAUUCGUCCCGUAUAACAUCACUUUUAAUAAGAUUUUUAUUCGCCAAGUGGUGGGCUGAUACCUCGGAACGUGCGCACUAAAAUGCGACGAUUGAAAAAAAAUACUUUCUCGUUCUUUGAAUUCGUUUAUCGCGGUUGGUUUGUCACUGUUACAUGUCAGUUUCUGGCUUUAAAACCACUAAAUACCUUUCCUCGCAUUUUUGUUCCUGAUAUUUCUUAUUUUUCAACGUUCAGAUAAUCGAAGCUUCUCAAUUCUCCUCUGGUACAAAGACUUUCGGAUAUUCACUUGCUGGUAAUUUGGAUGUUGACAAUAACGGCUAUCCAGGUAGAGGAUUGCGUUUUCUUACUCACUCCCCUUUCCUCGCUAUUUCCAUUCCUCUCUCUCCUGUUUCAUCUACCCCUCCCUCUCUCCCUCACUCACUCACUCAGUCGCGCGCUUUCUCCAACAACCACCUACCCAUCCACCCAAUCAUUCAGCUGCCCACUAACUAACUAGUCACUCAUUCAUUCAUUCACCCACUCACUCUUUCAUCCACUGCAUCCAGCUUUCAAAAACAGUACAGCACCCCUUUAAACGUUUUUCCAAAACCUCUUUCUUGUUUUGUAAUUAUGAACACGCCGCAUCAUUUUGUCUUAUUGCUGAAUCAUUUCCUUUCUUCCAUGGUAGAUCUCGCCAUUGGUGCAUAUUCAUCAGACCAAGCCUUUCUUCUGAGGUUAGAAAUACACUAUAAAUUGAUUUUAGACCAGAUUUUAUCCCUGAACAAGUUCUAGUUAGUGGGGGUGACACCAAGUCAUUACAGGUCAGUAUUCUGAAAGUUUCAAGUCAGUGCUCCUGCGCGAUCAAUACUGAGCAAACACAAUGAACAGGAUUCUAAGAAAACAGCCUAUAUUUCGCGGCCCCACCACUCAUUUCCCCGCGAAAUGGCGUCUGAGAAACGAGCGCAGAAAUUCCAUACUGAUGAUGUAUCACUACCCAGAUCUGGGUAGAGCUUCUGAUUUGUCGUGCCCAAUGGAAAAUUUGCUUCCGCCAACCAGAAGAACAAGGGUACUAAGCCCACAACCGCCAAAUUGAUCGAGUUGGGAGAACGCGAAAUCGGGGAAACAAGCUUUUUCUUUCUUACGUUUAACGCGUAGUUACUUUCAUUAUUUUUGGGUCGUAAUUUUUUGUUCUAUUUUCUAUACCUGGCAGGUCGCGGCCAAUUGUAGACAUGCAAAGUCAAAUAAUACUGAGUACUACAGACAUUGCGCUGGAAGACAACAGUUCAUUACAGUUAGCAAGUGAUGGUGUCUUUCGCCAAAGGUAUUUUAGUUAACAAAAGAAAGAAAAAAAACAUUGUCAAGCUGAAACUCAAUUGAACGACCCACACCCUAGAUAAAAUGGUCAUCAUGAGAGAUAACGCAACAUUUUAAUGGGCACGACGAGAUAGAAAAGCAUUUGAAAAUUUUUUUUGAAAAGCUCAAAAUGGCGGGAAAUUGGCCUUUUGCGUCAUGGUCUUUAAAAAAUAUUUAUUUGUUACAUCAUUCGUUGAAGUUUAAAUUAUACUGUUAAUCUUGUGACGUCAUUUUCCCGCCAAAACCGUUAAAAUCGAAAAACGAAAAAAAAACCCGAUUGUUUGGAAAAAAAGGUCUACCAUCCAGCAGUUCCUGGAGUGCAGUUUCAGGCGUUCUGCUAACCCAGCGUGAAAGAAUAGAGAAAGCCAUUUGAGAUGCUUCUUUAUUGAAUAGAAAGAGUGACAUGUCAUAUUACCAUAACUUGGUCUAGGUUAGGAAUGGUACUCAUUGCUUUAUUUACACUUUCUUACCUUUCAGCAUCAACAUAACCGUUUGCUUGAAAUUCGAGAAUCUAUUAUCAAAUCCGUCCUUUGGUGAGUAGUACUUUUGAUGUGUGGCAUACUAGAGUGUUCCUAGUACCCUAUUUUUUCGGAACUAGUGGUCUAUUAUCAAUGCUGCGUUCUGAUUGGUUGAGCUACUACUAGGCUAAAUGUUAUAGCCCCCUAGUAGCGAAAAGCGCCGCUUUGAAAUGCAAAACAAUGGCGGAUUAAUCGCGUUUUGCUAGCUAAUGUUGUUUUGUCUCGAUAUUUUUGACCAACUACUUGGAUUUUACAAAAACAAUUAUUCCUCUCACCCUCAUGGCCUCUGAGUCAAUAGCCCAUUCGGCCUUCGGCCUCAUGGGCUAUUGCUCAGAGCCCAUUCGGGUUCGAGGAAUAAUUGUUAAAAAGUAGGGGUCUUUGAAUAGUUUAGUAGGAUACAGUGCUGGACCCAGACCGUGAGAUAAGGAGGGGGCAGUCAUCCAGAUCCUGAGGUAAGGAGGGGGGCGGUCUCCAAAAAAUGUUUUUCGGUCCUUUGGGACUCAUUUUGAUCCAAAAAUAAAGGGGGGCGGCCCCCCCGGGCCCCAUCCCCUGGAUCCGCCACUGGGAUAUCAAAACAACAAUUUCGUUUUGAUUUAAACCAGGGUGCCCAGCCGGCCACAUUUUUAUAUAUAUAUAGCAGUAUUUGCUUUUAUCAUAUUUUCAGGUUCUGCGAAUGUCAGUUACACCAUCGAGCUUGAAAGAGAUAAAGACUCCGAUCCUUACCGCAGAAUGUUUUUCUUGGAUGGAAAAAUAGUCUUUUUCGCCAUCACGCAGCAAGUCACCUUGGCAAAGGAAAAUAAAUCGUUCUGCGAAUUUAAUCACACUGUUUAUUUAAGGGUAAGCUCUUCGACCUUUCCAUAUUUCCUCACCAUCUAACAAAUGCUCAGUGGUUUAGGUGUUAGUGUGGUAUACUGGACCUUCUGGGUCGUGGGUUCGAAUCCUUCUGCCUUUAAUAUCAAUUUUUUUUUCUUUUAAAUUGAGGAGACUUGCACUUUCAUGAACAUUUCCAGCUUGAAAUAUCAUCUAAGUGUGAUUUAAAAGGAGAAAACUGUUCUACCUUGGGUAAAUUUCGUAAGGGGAGAAAGGGGCUACGGCCGAUGGGAUCUAAUGCUGACCGGUAAAUAAGACAUCACCUAGCCACGUGUUAGGUAGCGAAAGGUACAGGGGAUGAAGGGUAAAGGGAGGAGGAAUGGGAAGAGGUUCGUCCCCUCUCCUCUCCCUCUUAUUUUUGCGCCUACCUCGGAGGCGAAACAUCUCUAAGGAGGACUUCAGUAAAACAAAAAUAUUAUCGGUUAUCCAACUUUGUUAGUCGUGUCAUGAUCCGAGUCAUAGAGGAGACGGCUUUGAAGCUCAGUCAGAAAAAGAAAAACAAGUCAUUGUGUCGUUGCAUUUAGCAUGAGAGCUCCACUUAAGUUUGCCUAAUUCUUUCUAUUUUAAUGAAACGGGUUUUAACCUGAGAAAAUUCAAAAGAAAGGUUUUAACGGAACUACAUGCUGAUAACUUUUCCCGAACAGACUGUCAUGUAGGGGACUACCAGAGAGUGCGAUGGAAAUCGAGCCUACUGAAUAAACGGAUGCAGGGAUGCACACUGAUACAUGCCUUUUUUUUUCCUCGUAGAAAAAGGAUAAAAUUCUGGACGUUAUAGCCCCGUUAACAUUUGACCUGACCUACGAUCUCGUCCAUUCUCCUUCUUGCAAACUCUGUCCCAUAUUAAAUAACUACCAUGACCCUGAUCAGCGGUCACGUAGAAAAGAGGUAAGUCCCUUAUGUAGGGUAACAGAAAAUGUCAAAGUUCAUGUUUGAAAAUAAAUGUUAAAACGUUAAGGAGACUUGGAAAUUGGUGGAUCAUUGAUACCAGAAACUCUUGAAAACGUUAAUUAUGAAUUUCUUCAAAUAAUUAAUGGCUGCCGAAAAGCUUUUCAGAAAAAUUAUAAAGCUCGAAAAGAUGGAAUCAGAAGAUCAGAGUUUGAAGUUGAUAGGUAAGGCCUCAAAUGUAAACCUCCUUCUCUAGUGUUGGAUAUUUUGAAACUGAGAAGUAGCCGACUACUCUGCGAUAAGUUUAUCACAGAAUGUUUACUAACGUGUACCCUGAUUGUUCCCUUACCACAGGCUAAUUUCGUUAAACAAUGUGGACCUGACAAAGUUUGUGAGCCUGAUUUAUCUGUUACAGGAGAAAUAAAAACAUUUGGUGUACAUGGGUAAGUAAUCUACUGUUAUGUUCUUUUAGGCAAUUAAAUGUUUGGCUUUUUGUUUAGCCCAGUGCAAACGGACGCAACAUUGAUGGCCAACAACUCCCAUCAUUGUUGCCUGUUGCGUCCGUUUACACACCCUGUCGUGUUUUUUGGGUUUUGUUGGGAGUUGUUGCGCAAGGUUUGAAACUGGGGCCAAUUUAGUAAAACCUUUACACUUGUAAUUUACAAGCAGGACCGUUGUAUUUACAAGCCUAGGUGAAAAAGAUUUGAAUAAAGACAGUGAUAAGUGCAAAUUACAUGUGUCCGGCCUGUAGUUACAAGUGUAGGUUUACAUAUCGUCAUGUAGAAUAUGGUAGAAGUUUUUGCGAAAAUCCGACUUAUAUUUUACACGUGUCCAACUUGUAUAUCGCAAGUGCAAAUCACAAGUCGCAAGUCACUUGUAAACAUUGAGUACGCAUUUUGAAAAGGGUAUUUCUGCGGAAAAAAUGUCUUCCUCAAGCGAAGAGGAACUUGAUGAACUACUAAGACGUCAAAUUGUACAUCAACCACGAAAUUUCGCAGAAAGACGACCAUUAGAGAGAGAAGUUUCGUCUCCCUCUGGAUACCUUUGCUCAUCUAUUAGAAUUAAUAGGCUCGCAAAUGGAGCACAGAACGAGGCGCAAAGGAGCUUUGACUGCAAGACAACAACUUUUAAUAUUUCUUUAUUUCCUUGGAACAAACAUCUUUCUAUCCUGUUAUGCACUCUUGUCAUGAAGUCUCCACUUCAACAGUGUGGCAAAUCAUUCGUCGUGUUGUCCCUGCAAUAUUAACCCUAAAGCGAGAUUUCAUUCGAUGGUCUGAACACCCUCUCAUGGUUGCUGACGCGAAAUUCAGAGCCAUAGCAGCAAUGAGGCUUUCCCUGUGUGGCAGGAUGUGUUGACGGAACCCACGUUCUUGUCAACCCACCAAAUCAAGACGAAGACGCAUACGUUAACCGCCACCACACCAAAUCUCUAAAUGUAGCCAUGGUCGCAGGCCCAGAUUACACGAUCUACUUUUGCAGUAGUCGGUGCCCUGGAAGGUGGCAUGAUUGAAGGGUCCUAAGAGAAAGCACUCUUUGGGCCUGCUUUUGAGGAACGGGGGCGUAGACCAUUCCGGGGAGCCGUCAUUUUAGGCGACUCCGCUUACCCCUGCAACAACUGGUUGAUCCCCCCUUUCAGACGAGCCGUAGAGGGGUCUCGGUUUCGUUUUAGUGAGGCCCACAUAAAAACACGAAUUAUCUAGAUCUAAUGGGUCAUCAAGAAAAGGUUCUACACUUUACACACCGGAAUAAAAGUAAGAAGCGUGACCACAGCAGCCGAGCUUGUCAUGUGUGCCGUUAUACUGCACAACCUUUGUGUUCGAUUUAGCGAUAACGGCGAAGAUCUACAAGACGGAGCAGAUGUUAACAUCGUUGAUGAUAAUUUUGUGAUCGAACCGGGAAGAGUACAAGACGACAGAUGGCAGCAGCUGCUUAUGCACUUUCUGUGAGUGUGGAAAUGCACAAUUUAAAUCUACAGCUGAUCAAAAGGCAUGUUUUGACUGUUUUGAUUGCAUUGACACUGCAAUCCAAUCAGUACUUAUAUUUAUUUAUAUCUUGAAGCAAAAGCCAAUAAAUCUGGAACAACCAAGUGCAAUGAGGAGUAUCAUGAUUUUAUUACUAUAGCCCUCUACGCCGUUAAUGUCACUACAAAUCUUUGAAUUUAAGCAGCAUUUAACUAAAUUAACAUCGCUCUCUAGGUCCUUUUUCACCUUUUUAAUUUCCAGUCGAAGCUUGAUGCAUUUAAGCAAGAGCUUUCUCUUUUGUAGGCGUAAAAUCGCCCCUUCUAGUGACUGAUUAUCCCGGCCAUUUGUCGUUUUUCUUUAUGAUACACGCUCCUUCGUCUUCUUGAAUUUAUUCUAUUUUUUAAAUGUUUUAAACUAGAUGGCCCAAAUUAUAUCUCCCAAUUUUUUACACCUCGGUUAACUAAAUACAAUCUACGAGACAGUGGCUUAAAUGUUGUGCAGCCUCCAUAUAACAGCCUUGUCAUACACAAUUUAUACAUGAUUGCCCACAUGUGGAAUCAACUACCAACUGUCACCAAAUCCUGGAGCACUUUAGCACAAUUUCGUGCUCGCCUGAAUAAUGUUAAUUUCACAGGGUGCCAGUGUAUGAACUGUAUAUAAUUUAUCUAUUUUUACAUUUUUACAUACUCUUGGGCCAGUUUAUAUAUAUAUUUUUUAAUAUUUUAAUCACUUUAUAAUUACGAUUAGUCCAUUUUAAACUAUUUUUAAUGCAUGUACUUAGGUCUUUUAGCUUCUUUCCAAAAAGUAGUUUCUUAAAAUUUUUUCCCAAAAUUACGAUGUACUUAAUGAGUAGGUUUUUUAUAUUUGUAUAUGCAUAAUUCGCAUUUUAUCUUGUUUGGUAUUUUUAGUCUGUCGAGCGUUUUUAACAUGAGCCUCUGGCUCGGAAGAUUGUGCAAACACUUUCCACGUCUUCGACAUUAAAUAAAUCAUUCCAUUCCAUUCCAAUAUUUGUACCGACGCUGUUUAACUGCGUACGAAUGGUUUACCAUGCCUGUGGCUUUUUUUGUCACUUUCGAAGAAAACGGCGCCAAGACAACAGCCUUGUUGUCUCUUACUAGCUGAGCAAGAAGCAACUUUUGUUCUUCAGAUAACAUGCUUGAAAAAGAACUUAUUUAGCCAAGGAAACACAUCGAAAAACUUAUGUCCAUGAGCUACUGCAACGUGUUUAUCACUACAAGUGCAUUGAGUACAGAAUUUACACGUGUAAUCUACACUUGUAGUCUGACCCGUGCUACAAGAGUUAAUUCCGGCGUCAAAAUUUCCUUUAUUAAAUCCGUGUAUUCACAAGUGGGACUUAACAUGUACAGUGUACAAUUGAAAAACAUACAAGUGUAAAAGUUUUAUUGAAUUGACCCCUGGUCAAACUUUUAAGCCAACAACUCCUAACAUUUCUUUUGUUCCGCGAUUGCCGAAGGGUAGCGGAACAAUGUUGGAUCCAAUUGCACAGCGCUUCCGACAUUGUUUGGGCCACUCACAUGGUUUACUGACAAAGUCUCAUUGGUUGUAUUCUUCCGACGUUGCACUGCAAGUCCCAACAUUGUUGUUGCAUCCGUUUGCACACCAGUGCCAACACGGACGCAACAACUCCCAACAUUGUUGGGCCAACAAUGUUGGGAGUUGUUGCGUCCGUUUGCAUGUAGCUUUAGUGUGUCUGUAGCCUGUACACAGACGUUGUUUUAUUUUUCUUUUCGUUCUUUUGGAAAACAUCGGCGAGCUCGCGAGGGAAGCGAGCGCACGAGAACGAGCACAGAGCGCGUGAAAGAAAAAUAAAGAACUAUUUUCUAUUUUCUUCUUCACCCACCCCUACCCGUUUGCGCUGGCGGUCAAUAAAUCCCCUGUGGUUUAUAUUUUAUCACCCGCCGCGCUCGACUCUGGCGCUCGACGGAAUUUGAAGGGAAAAUAGAGGGCCUGUGAAGAGGCUAGUGUGUCUGCACAUAACAUCUUGUUUGCGGUGUUGGUGUACCCGUAACCUCGAUGCCAGUGAAAUGACCUGUAGUUCAAAGAACAAAAAUGACUCGCACUUCAUCUUUAUUUUAAAAUUUCGUUCCAGCGAUGAGCACAAAGAACUUCAUGUUGGCGAUGAUGACCAAAUGACAGUGUCAGUGACGGUGAUAAACAAAGCGCAAGACGCAGCCUACUCUGGAAAGGUCAUCGUGACCUUCCCUUCCAUAAUUUAUUAUGCAAGCAGUGGUCAGGUUAGUUGACGCACCAAAGUGCUGUUGAGACUCGCAACUGUGUGGUCUCAACUCUUUCACUUUCUUUGCUGUCAUUGUACGACUACGACGUGAAACUACCAAAUUUCAUGUUUUCUACAGGACGUGGACACAAGACAACGAUUUUUUAAUUCCUUUUUAAACUUAGCUACAGUCCUUUAGAAUUCAACUCCAGAAAAAUUCACCAACAUUUGAAAAUUUGAACAACAUCGAAUAAAGGCAAUGAAUUUUGAAACAGCGCGAGUUCACUUUUUAAAAGACGUUUUUCCCACCGUCCUCGACGUCGUCGUUGCUUAUGGCUCCCAAUUAUCAUGACCGGCGUCAACGUCAUUUCCAUCAUCAACAUAUCCCCGUCCUCAACGGCUUUUGCCGCAGCAUCAUUUCCACGUCACGUCAUCAUGUCUAGCACAUACGUCAUCAUUAGUUUUAUCAUCAUCGUCCUCGUCAUUAACAUCAGCAUCAUCAUCAUCAUCAUCAUCUUCGUCGUCCAAUUUAAAUUAGUCACUUUUGAGAAGGCCCCUGGGACUUCAACCACCCUUCCCAAUCCUUGAGUGAAUAACAUGGUUCGCAAACAUUUUUAUCUUAGGAUGUGCGCUGUUCCAAAGUACAAGAAGAUGAAAAAUCAGUCAAUGCUGAUGAAACAAAAGUUGACUGCCUUCUCCCAAACCCCCUCCACAAAAACUCUAAAGUAAGUUUCUUCUCUGUUAUGUUGUUCAUUGUCACAAACGUUGAAAUGAGUGAUUACCUGAGGCAAACUUGCGGUAUAGUUCUGUCGCGUGCGUUGAGUUAGACCUAACGAUAAGCUUGCAAAACGAAUCGUAUCGUGUUAUACGAACGCGCCCCUGGCGGCUUAAGACAGUUACGAGUUUUAUUUUUGACCCGCUGCAUGCGAAAGCUCCAACGUCCAAAUCGGUAGCCUGAGAAAACAGCCGAGAUUUCGCGACGCGAUCAAUGAUUUCCUCGUGGAAUGACGUCUGGGACAACUGCUGCGGAAAUUCUGAUGGAAAUACUGAUGACGUUUCUCCACCCAGAUCUCAGUGGGUAGUGCGUCUGAAUGGUUGCGCCGCAAUGAAAUUCUCUUCAGCCAAUAAGAAGAAGUGACAUCUUAUCCGUUUGGAAUUGCUGCGCUCGUUCCUCUGACGUAAUUUCGCGGGGAAGGUGAACCAGUACUGUGGUGGCAUCGCGAAAUGUCGGUUGUCUUCUUAAUAUGUUUGUUUAUGUCUUCUCAGGCCACCGAAUCGGCCAUCAAACAAUUUUACAAAGUGUGAUUCAUUUGAAACAAAGAGCGUUUUAACGGUAGUUAUUUUCUUCCAUUCCUAAACAGUUCGAUAUCAAAUUUGACACGACUCGAGUGACAGGAAACAUAAGCGAACUUGCCAUCCAUCUUGAAGCAACAAGGUGAAAAUAUGUCUGUUUAUGUCUUUAUGAAACUAAAUAAAAGGAUGGCUGUUACUGUCAGAAAGUUUGGAUCUUGUGUACUAGAUCGCGGUCGACAAUGAUGGUUGAUAUAUUGAAUGGGGAUCGACAAGUCGUCUGUCAAGUGUCGAGUCAAAGAGGAGGGAAUAUCUAUCAUCAUAUCGACCGAUACUCUGAUUAAUAACGAACCAUAGUCGACGGAUGUGUCCAGUGAGAUGUCGUUUGUAUGAAUGCGAAUUCACCCAAUUCCUAUACUCUGCCGAAACACAACCUGUUUUAAGGAUCCGUCGGACAGGAGACCGAAAAAAUAAACAAUGUUAAAUAAGACAAUCAAACAAUGCUGCUUUGGUGCGAAAAGAAGGAUUGAUAUAAUGGAGUGAUUAUUGAGCAAUUUAUUAUUAGAUGAGGCUGAGUAUGGUCUGAAAAAUUAUACAGAUCCACGAGGCCGUCAUUUCGUCUUCGCAAAACAUGUGAGAUUUUCCACCAUUUUCUCCAGCACCAGCAAAACAAAUGAGCUAAUGCAAACCCUUCCCCAGGGCCUCGGUGCCAUCACUUUUCUGGUGACAUCCUGCAUUAUUGACGUCAUUCUACUGGAUGUCGCAAACCUCUUCCAAAUUUGGUCAACGCUUGCUGGUUUUGAAGAAUUGGCCAUAGGAUUUGAGCCAAUCAUAAAACGGAGAAAUAUUUUGACAGAAAAAUAGUAUUUGUUCUCAUAGAAGAGUAAUGGUUUAGAUAAAACCGAACGAAUCAAAUUUGAUCUUUGUGAGUAAUGUUUGUUUUUAUUAUUGUCGAACAGUCCCAGUAAAGAUCCUGAUCCAUCUGAUAACAAAUAUUCCGUCAAAGUUGCCGUCAAAUUCGAGGCAGAUCUUAGCGUCGAAGGGUAAGCUAGACAGUAUUUUAAACACUUUAUCACUCAAAACAACUUAUCACAGUUUAACCUCCUUAAUAAGAAAACCAAAGGGACAGAACCAAGUGUAAGCAUCAGAGAGAGGUAGGGAUUGUAUGAAGUUUGGAACUAAUAGAAGAACCUGCAGUAAAGUUGUGUCUGUAUUAUGAAGGUGUCUGUGCCCAGAGAUGGACAUAGACGACGGGGACAGUGUUUUAAUUCUGAAAAGCUUUUUACGCUGAAAGAAAUAUUUGGCAAACUGUGGCAGUCUGUUGGUUUUAUUUAAAAGGUCGCUUUUGAAUAAAACCAAUUAUAGUUAUAACCGCCCUCACCAGUGUAACAUGGAACUUUACACAGAGGAAAAUGUCAAUUGGUGUCCUAACCAGUGCGACUACCGAAGUAUUCGUCGAGGUCGUUUAUAACAUUUUUUUUUGACAUGUGUAUUUCAGACGCGUUGCGGACCUAUUCAGUGGAAGGUUCUAGAGUAAUCUUGUGGUUUUAAACUUUUUCAGAUUGUCUAUACCGGAUCAAGUGGCGUACUCUGAAAAAACAAUUGAGGUGAAAAACCUCAUCGAUGUUGGACCUUCUGUGAAGAAAGUCAUAACGGUAGGUAAAGGAUGCAAGCAGUGGUCAGGUUAGUUGACGCACCAAAGUGCUGUUGAGACUCGCAACUGUGUGGUCUCAACUCUUUCACUUUCUUUGCUGUCAUUGUACGACUACGACGUGAAACUACCAAAUUUCAUGUUUUCUGCGGGACGUGGACACAAGACAGCGAUUUUCUAAUUCCUUUUUAAACUUAGAUACAGUCCUUUAGAAUUCAACUCCAGAAAAAUUCACCAACAUUUGAAAAUUUGAACAACAUCGAAUAAGGGCAAUGAAUUUUGAAACAGCGCGAGUUCACUUUUUAAAAGACGUUUUUCCCACCGUCCUCGACGUCGUCGUUGCUUAUGGCUCCCAAUUAUCAUGACCGGCGUCAACGUCAUUUCCAUCAUCAAUAUAUCCCCGUCCUCAACGGCAUUUGCCGCAGCAUCAUUUCCACGUCACGUCAUCAUGUCUAGCACAUACGUCAUCAUUAGUUUUAUCAUCAUCGUCCUCGUCAUUAACAUCAGCAUCAUCAUCAUCAUCAUCAUCAUCGUCGUCUAAUUUAAAUUAGUCACUUUUGAGAAGGCCCCUGGGACUUCAACCACCCUUCCCAAUCCUUGAGUGAAUAACAUGGUUCGCAAACAUUUUUAUCUUAGGAUGUGCGCUGUUCCAAAGUACAAGAAGAUGAACGAUCAGUCAAUGCUGAUGAAACAAAAGUUGACUGCCGUCUCCCAAACCCCCUCCACAAAAACUCUAAAGUAAGUUUCUUCUCUGUUGUUCAUUGUCACAAACGUUGAAAUGAGUGAGUACCUGAGGCAAACUUGCGGUAUAGUUCUGUCGCGUGUGUUGAGUUAGACCUAACGAUAAGCUUGCAAAACGAAUCGUAUCGUCUUAUACGAACGCGCCCCUGGCGGCUUAAGACAGUUGCGAGUUUUAUUUUUGACCCGCUGCAUGCGAAAGCUCCAACGUCCAAAUCGGUAGCCUGAGAAAACAGCCGAGAUUUCGCGACGCGAUCAAUGAUUUCCUCAUGAAAUGACGUCUGGGACAACUGCUGAGGAAAUUCCAUACUGGUGACGUUUCUCCACCCAGAUCUCAGUGGGUAGUGCGUCUGAUUGGUUGCGCCGCAAUGAAAUUCUCUCUAGCCAAUAAGGAGAAGUGACAUCUUAUCCGUUUGGAAUUGCUGCGCUCGUUCCUCUGACGUCAUUUCGCGGGGAAGGUGAACCAGUGCUGCUAUGUCUUCUCAGGCCACCGAAUCGGCCAUCAAGCAAUUUUACAAAGUGUGAUUCAUUUGAAAUAAAGAGCGUUUUAACGGUAGUUAUUUUUUUCCAUUCCUAAACAGUUCGAUAUCAAAUUUGACACGACUCGAGUGACAGGAAACAUAAGCGAACUUGCCAUCCAUCUUGAAGCAACAAGGUGAACAUAUGUUUGUUUAUGUCUUUAUGAAACUAAAUAAAAGGAUAGCUGUUACUGUCAGAAAGUUUGGAUCUUGUGUAUUAGAUGGCGGUCGACAAUGAUGGUUGAUAUAUUGAAUAAGGAUCGACAAGUUGUCUGUCAAGUGUCGAGUCAAAGAGGAGGGAAUAUCUAUCAUCAUAUCGACCGAUACUCUGAUCAAUAACGAACCAUAGUCGACGGAUGUGUCUAGUGAGAUGUCGUUUGUAUGAAUACGAAUUCACCCAAUUCCUAUACUCUAACGGAACACAACCUGUUUUAAGGAUCCGUCGGACAGGAGACCGAAAAAACAAACAAUGUAAAAUAAAACAAACAAACAGUGCUACUUUGAUGCGAAAAGAAGGAUUGAUAUAAUGGAGUGAUUAUUGAGCAAUUUAUUAUUAGAUGAGGCUGAGUAUGGUCUGAAGAAUUAUACAGAUCCACGAGGCCGUCAUUUCGUCUUCGCAAAACAUGUGAGAUUUUCCACCAUUUUCUCCAGCACCAGCAAAACAAAUGAGCUAAUGUAAACCCUUCCCCAGGGCCUCGGUGCCAUCACUUUUCUGGUGACAUCCUGCAUUAUUGACGUCAUUCUACUGGAUAUCGCAAACUUCUUCCAAAUUUGGUCAACGCUUGCUGGUUUUGAAGAAUUGGCCAGAGGAUUUGAGCCAAUCAUAAAACGGAGAAAUAUUUUGACAGAAAAAUAUAAUUUGUUCUCAUAGAAGAGUAAUGGUUUAGAUAAAACCGAACGACUCAAAUUUGAUCUUUGUGAGUAAUGUUUGUUUUUAUUAUUGUCGAACAGUCCCAGUAAAGAUCCUGAUCCAUCUGAUAACAAAUACACCGUCAAAGUUGCUGUCAAAUUCGAGGCAGAUCUUAGCGUCGAAGGGUAAGCUAGACAGUAUUUGAAACAUUUUAUCACUCAAAGCAACUUAUCACAGGUUAACCUCCUUGAUAAGAAAACCCAAGGGACAGAACCAAGUGUAAGCAUCAGAGAGAGGUAGAGAUUGUAUGAAGUUUGGAACUAAGAGAAGAGCCUGGAGUAAAGUUGUGUCUGUAUUAUGAAGAUGUCUGUGCCCAGAGAUGGACAUAGACGACGGGGACAGUGUUUUAAUUCUGAAAAGCUUUUUACGCUGAAAGAAAUAUUUGGUAAAUUGUGGCAGUCUGUUGGUUUUAUUUAACCCUUUCACUGCCAAAUGUGGCCAAAGGCAAGUUUCGACCAAAUUUCCAAAUUUCAUUUUCCAAAAUUGUGAGAAACAAAUAACAUUAUGUGAAAGUACAGGUAGAGAGCUCUCAUUUGAAUUGUCACAUCAGGGUUUCGUCCACAGACUCAAAAGUUAGAGUCACCUUACAAAACUCCAUCAAACACUCUGGCAGUGAAAGGGUUAAAAGGUCACUUUUAAAUAAAACCAAUUAUAGUUAUAACCGCCCUCACCUGUGUAACAUGGAACUUUACACAGAGGAAAAUGUUAAUUGGUGUCCUAACCAGUGCGACUACCGAAGUAUUCGUCGAGGUCGUUUAUAACAUUUUUUUUGACAUGUGUAUUUCAGACGCGUUGCGGACCUAUUCAGUGGAAGGUUCUAGAGUGAUCUUGUGGUUUUAAACUUUUUCAGAUUGUCUAUACCGGAUCAAGUGGCGUACUCUGAAAAAACAAUUGAGGUGAAAAACCUCAUCGAUGUUGGACCUUCUGUGAAGAAAGUCAUAACGGUAGGUAAAGGAUUCAGUUGUAGGGCAUGCUGCGGACAAUAGAGAUCUUUAGAUCGAGGUUUUACGGCAUUUCCCGCGAAUCGCGAACGUCAAUAACAUUAAGUCAUGUGACCAGGGCCUUGCCGUCAGGCUUGCGGUUUGAGGUUCACGUUUGGACGACUAGACCACGCUAAGUGACCAGGUGAAUGAUUUACCUGGAGUUUUUUUGCACCCAAAAACAUCACAAUUCCACGUUUGAGAGGAAAUGCUGCUUUUUAGAACUGUUUCGCUGAUUAAUUAUUAAAUUCUUUUUGAAGACAAUUUCUCAGCUAAAAUAGUGAGUGGAUAAAUGAAAACAAACGUGGCAGCCGCGAGCUACCACCCGCGAAUGUAAGUCCCAAAUAUGGGCAGACGGGUAUUGUGAAAUCGCUAACCGCAAACCGCUGUUUGCCGUUUGCAGUAAACCUUGGUCUUCACUAGCGCAUAAGCAUAAGCACAAGCACAUGUGUAUUGCAAGUGAAAACUGGGUCCGGACAUAAGCAUAAGCAUAUUAGCACAAGAAAAACGGACAAGUUCGUUCUUCUUGUGCUUGUGCUUACGCUUAUGUCGUAGCUUUGACUAGUGAAAACGGGGUCGACAUAAGCCCAGGUAUAAGCACAAGGCCGUGGACCAUUCAGAGGCCAUUUUGAUGUCCGAAGACUUCCGAAGAUGUUACGAAAGUCGAUUAUCCACAUAGUCUUUUCUUUUCUCUCUUUGGCUCUGGUUUGUUUGAAUAAUUAAUAUAUUUUUCAAAAUGUGUCAGUUAAUGCUCUAAUGGCUCAAACUUUUCUACCAGGCGUGACAAAUCGUAACNUUUUUUUUGACAUGUGUAUUUCAGACGCGUUGCGGACCUAUUCAGUGGAAGGUUCUAGAGUAAUCUUGUGGUUUUAAACUUUUUCAGAUUGUCUAUACCGGAUCAAGUGGCGUACUCUGAAAAAACAAUUGAGGUGAAAAACCUCAUCGAUGUUGGACCUUCUGUGAAGAAAGUCAUAACGGUAGGUAAAGGAUUCAGUUGUAGGGCAUGCUGCGGACAAUAGAGACCUCAAGAUCGAGGUUUUAUGGUAUUUCCCGCGAAUCGCGAACGUCAAUAACAUUAAGUCAUGUGACCAGGGCCUUGCCGUCAGGCUUGCGGUUUGAGGUUCACGUUUCGACGACUAGACCACGCUAAGUGACCAGGUGAAUGAUUUACCUGGAGUUUUUUUGCACCCAAAAACAUCACAAUUCCACGUUUGAGAGGAAAUGCUGCUUUUUAGAACUGUUUCGCUGAUUAAUUAUUAAAUUCUUUUUGAAGACAAUUUCUCAGCUAAAAUAGUGAGUGGAUAAAUGAAAACAAACGUGGCAGCCGCGAGCUACCACCCGCGAAUCUAAGUCCCAAAUAUGGGCAGACGGGUAUUGUGAAAUCGCUAACCGCAAACCGCUGUUUGCCGUUUGCAGUAAACCUUGGUCUUCACUAGCGCAUAAGCAUAAGCACAAGCACAUGUGUAUUGCAAGUGAAAACUGGGUCCGGACAUAAGCAUAAGCAUAUUAGCACAAGAAAAACGGACAAGUUCGUUCUUCUUGUGCUUGUGCUUACGCUUAUGUCGUAGCUUUGACUAGUGAAAACGGGGUCGACAUAAGCCCAGGUAUAAGCACAAGGCCGUGGACCAUUCAGAGGCCAUUUUGAUGUCCGAAGACUUCCGAAGAUGUUACGAAAGUCGAUUAUCCACAUAGUCUUUUCUUUUCUCUCUUUGGCUCUGGUUUGUUUGAAUAAUUAAUAUAUUUUUCAAAAUGUGUCAGUUAAUGCUCUAAUGGCUCAAACUUUUCUACCAGGCGUGACAAAUCGUAACACAGGCGUGAGUAGGCGUGAGAUCCAAGUUUUCGAUCCGCAGGCGUGACAAUCACGCCUUAGGCGUGACACUUGGCAGGUAUCCUCAUGCGAACAUAUCAAAAGCAAUAUAAAAAUAUGGCGAAAGAAGCGUCCGCCAUCUUGUUUACCAUCAGGUUGAGGAGAGCUGGUAUCGAGAAUUGAGUCAAAUAUGCCAUUCUGCGCAUGCGUAUGUCCUUAUGCUUAUGCUUAUGCGCUAGUGAAAAACCAGACUAUGACCAAACCUCGAUCUUAAGGUCUCCAAUUCAUUUGGAGAUAGACACUUAACCCUUUAAGUCCCGAUAGUGACCAACAUCAAUUUUCUCCUCACAAUAUCCAUAUGUUGCUAAGAGAAAUGACUAUGAGAGUUAAUAAAAUGAUCACCAAAGAAAAAAUGUUUUGAUCUGUUGUCAAACUAUCUCAACUAUUUUUAAGGAAAUGUAUGAAGGUCAGUAUUGAGAAUUUAUAUGUGGAUAUCGGGGCUUAAAGGGUUAACACCCUUUAACCCAGGAGUCAUGUUAUCAGUAGGUGGAACAUGAGUAUAGGGAUCAAUUCAGGUUUCUGGGAAACUGCCCACCUACCCCUCCAGUAAGGUAACAUUAACACUUACUUCUCACUUAGGGCAAAAUGAUGGCUUAGGGGAAGGGUAGGUGGGCAGUUUCCCAGAAAAAAUUGAUCCGAGUGCAGCCUUGAAUGUUGACAAUGACAGACGCCUCGACAACCACUGCUUACGUCAUCGUCAGAAUCAAAGAGAGACAAAGACUUAAGUUGCUAACUCCAUUCUAAAGAUUAGAGUCCAGCAUUUAUGUUUGCCUCAGAUACGCGCGUCCGCAUUACAUGGUGUGUCCGAUUCAAGGCAGCUGACUUGCUUUGUUCAUUCCGUCUUGUUUCUAGGUCAAAAAUAACGGCCCCAGUCCAGUUGAUUAUGCUGAGGUCACGAUCCUGGUUCCAAUCAAAAAUAGAUCACUAGAAGCACCAAACUAUGUUCUUUACUUGGUGGAUCUUCAGGUGAAGUAAUUAGUGAAAAUCUUGCUGUUGGCUGUCGCAAUUGGCUGAAAAUCUGGCGCCACUUUGUUUUAACCAAUCAGGGGUCAGACCAAAACCAAUCAUAGUGCUUUCCCGCGCUUUGUAAUUUUCCUUCACGCGCCGACUAAAUAAUUUACCUCUCUGCGUUGUGAUUGGCUAGAGUAAGUUGGUGUGUAUGACACUUGAUUAAAACUACUCUCAUUUACAGCAAACAUAAAAAUUAAGCACUGCUAAAAUUAGGAUGCAUGAGUAAAUCUUUUUGUUUCUUGGCCCGUUUUUAGAAAACGACAUUGUAAUGAUAUUUCUUGCUUUUCUUUUAACUUAGGUUCUUGAAAAUGCGGGUAGAUGUAACGUCAAGACCAAUCCUCUUAAUCUGAAGGUUGGUAUGUUAAUUAUUGGAAGUUGGUGUAUUAUAAGUGUUUGGAGGGGAGCAAACACUCCUAUUGGUGGAAAUAGAGAGAGUGUUACUUCAGAGUAGUGUGUGUUUGUGAGGGUUGGGUGAGCGGGGAGUUUAGUAUGACACUGUUUCUAAUUUCGAAUUGGGGACUCAAGUGUUAAGAAGUUGUCUUACGUCUCAUUUCACCAUAUUUAGGAUGGAAAUAACUCCACUUUACCUAACCAAGGUCAGUCUGUAUCUUCAGGGGGAAAACCGGCAGCCAUAACUGAGGAACUGGUAACAAAUUUUUCGUUGUCUAUCUAGUCUCUUACGCAGCCGUUUUUUGGAUUACCUAUAUCAAUGCUCCUCCUCUGUUAGCGGGAAAGAGCAUUGUGAGUUUCAUUCAUUCACUCAUACAUUCAUUCAUUCAUUCAUUCAUUCAUUCAUUCAUUCAUGCAUGCAUGCAUUCAUUUAUUCAUUUUUGCCAUUAACCAGAAAUACAAUGACAGUAUACAGAAAUUUAUAAUACAUUACAGAUAAUAUACAAUAUUCUAACAAAAUUAUUUACAAGAAUGUAUAAAGUGGUAAUGGCAAGGAAGCCUAUAUAGAAGCCGGGGGCAUACAAACUAUAGGCUUCCUGGAACUAUAGGGUAAACCAUGCAAGUUAAGGGUACUGAAUGAAAAUUUGGAAAAAAAAACAAAGAAAAGAAAAGAAGAGAAGAGAAAAAAGUUAAAUCAUACUUAAGGGCCUGCAUUGGAAUCCUUUAAUAGACAUUAUGUAUCAGUAUGGCGAAGUAAGACUUAUUUCAAAUGUGUCGACUCUAAUGCAUAUGGGCAAGAACAAUAGAUUUUCCUUAUUAGCAUUAACCCUUUAAGCCCUAGUAUCCACAUAUAAAUUCUCCAAACUGAUCUCCAUACAUUUCCUUGAAGAAUUAUUUGAGAGAAUUUGGUAAAAGAUCAAAUAUUUUUCUCUUUGUGAUCAUUUUGUUAAUUCUCAUAGACUUUGCUCAUGAUGGUCUAUAGAUAUCGUUAGGAGAAAAUUGAUCUUGAGCACUACUGGGACUUAAAGGGUUAAAUUCGUCACAUAUACAGCUAUUUCGAGAAAAGUUGUCGGAAAAAAUGUGCAAGCGACAAUCCCGAAAGGUAACAUGGGAUAUGAUCAAUGCACUGUUCCUGACACUAUAGCUGUCGAACCUACUUUUGUUGCUUUCUUUUAGCACUCGUAAACAUACGGUCCAUGGCCUCGUGUCAUUCUCUCUAACUUCUUUGAAAAACAGUGAUUUCAAAACCACCCACAAUACCUUUCGGGGAUUGUCGCGUGCACUGUUUCCGACAACCUUUCUCGAAAUAGCUGCAUCUGAAAUGAUAAUAAUGACCACGAAACGAAAUAAACAACAUGGAUCGAAAUCAACCAAUCACAACCUACAGACGUGACCUUUUGAAUCCGCUGAAGAGUGCCGAUUUUUCCUGAGAGGUCCGUUAGAGUGUGUGACGGAGGCGAAAAGCGUAAACGUAAAUUAUAAUUUUGACUUGAGAUCGCAUUUUAUUUCAAAGCGCGGCAAUGUUAGCAAAGAAAUUGCUGGUAGAUGACAAAAUACCAGCUUGUGUCAAACAAAUAUUGUCUCCUGGGUGUCAUAUGUAAAGUUUCGAAUACACAAAACAUUGUCUUUUGAAACAUUUUGGUUUCUAGAAAAACGUUUUCUAUCAUUAUUUACAUUUUGCGUGUUGUGCUUCGAGUAACUUAGUGUUUUUUUAUGAGCUGCUGAUUGGCCCACAACCAACUUUCUUGGAAUUAUAUUGUUAUUUUCCUGCAAUCCGAUUGGUCAACUUUGACUUAGUGGCCCCCGUAACAGUAGUCGCACUGUAACAUCCUCUCACGACUUCAAAAUCAUCUAGCUAAUCUGGCAUCGAUUCACAUUUCAUGGGGUGUCAGUAAAACUCGGGGUCGGGGCUGGGGUCGGGGUCUAUCGUUUUGCCGUUUUAGGGUAGGGUUGAGGUUAGGGUUUGGGUAAGGGUUAGUGUCAACCCUAACCCUAACCCUAAAACAGCAUUCUUUAAAAAACAAGAUAGACUUCGACCCCGCGUUUCACUGACACCCCGUUUCACGCCCUUUCACUGCUUUUAAUUUCGAAUGCCAGUCACAGUAACCACUCUUGAAUUUGCUUCUUUGUUGUCGUUUCGACCUGUAACUUACGUUAGUUUUUUUCCUCAGCCAUGCGAAUAUGACAGUUCCUUGACGUGCCUCGAGAUUCCCUGUUAUUUGGAAAGAAUGAAAAGAGGCGACCAAGUCCAAAUUCAAGUGACAUCCCGAGUCUGGGAGAGUACCCUUGUUAAGGUACUUGUUAUGAAAAUAAAAUGACUCGCCCCAUGAUCCCCAUGAUAGGGAAUCCAAAACAGUAUUGGAUUCUAGAUUCCAGGCCGUAAGCCACGGAUUCUUUGCCGGUGUUUUUUGGAUUCCGGAUUCCUCAAGCAAAAAUUUCUGGAAUCCGGAGUCCCUGACACUUUGCAAAAAUUAGAGUUGUUAAGCUAAAAAUUGGCUUGCUAUACUGUGGUUUCUUUUUGUUCUUACCUAUUUUGGGUUUUAAUGUGAGCCACAACUGCAUUUGUGGACAGAAAAAACUCCAUUCUAUAUUACAAACGCGCUCCUUUACCUUUCGAACGUCAUUGGUGUGGACGGGCGGUCGGUCGGUCGGUCGGACGUACGGUCACGUGGUUACCAAAAUUCUUGGAUGGGUAGAUUACCACAUUUAUUAGGUAUGGGGCUACGCUUGCGCGCGUGUAGAGCUCCGUUAUUAGAAUGUGCAUUAAACAUAGCUUUCAGAAACGCACACGCUCUUGCUUAUAAUUAAUGUGGGUUUAAUACUUUUGCUCUUUUUAUUUAUGAUUAUUUUGUAGGCCAAGGUUGAUUCGGUCAACAUAACAACCACCGCUAAAGUCACGCCAUCAUCUUCUGUUCCUGAGAUGAAAAAAGACAACAACGUGCAUAAGGUUGGAAGUCCCGCGCGCGUGACACGAAUACUCAGUAUUGCGUGACAAACUGAAAACAAGUCUGCGUAGAAUACUAGCACGCAUUUGAAAGGUUUCCCUUUGAAUGACAGUCAAAAAUGAGAUUAAAAAGAGACGAGAUUAUGCAGAGAUGGAACCACUCAAUAUUUUACAUUUAUUUGAUCCUCACUAUUUGCAAUUUAUUCAGAUCUUCACAGCAAGCAUGUGUGACAGGGUAGACUAGAAAGGGGGAUUGGGGAGAGAGGCCAAAGGACCUUCUCUUUUUUCCCGUCCUGUCUUCUUCUCUUCUUUCUGUGUCUGCCGCGCAGGAUAUCCAUAGUUUGCGUCUUUUGACUAAGUGAGAGCUUGCUUGCAGCCAAUCUCGUUUCCAGAGGCCGCGAUCCUUUCGUACAGCGACGGGUUGCCCCAUACGCUGGACAAAAGUAACGGAGGCUCUGGGAACGAGAUUGGUUCGCAGGUAACUCGCAGGUUAUAUGUUAAGAUUUCUUAACCUAGAACAUUUUUUCAUUUGCAUAUUUCUUGGACGUUUUAGCUGAAUAGGAAGCUUAAGCAAAGGCGUUUUUGAGUGACCGGAAGUGGAUGUUUUGCAUUCUUGGGGAGUGGUUUUGCCCACAUUUUCAGGCAUAUUGUCUCCAUAAGUGUAAAGACACUUCGCAAUACACAUUUGAUAGCCUCAAGGCAUAUUAAAAGGUAGCCGAGGGAGAGAAGCGAUGACCGGAAAUGCGUCUGCUGUUCGCAGGCUAAUUAAAAGGGGGAACAGGCUUUACUACCGGAACACGUGCAUCGCUCAAAAACGGCUUGAACUGCAACACCACAAAAAUGGUUUGCUCCAAUUGCUCAUUCAUUUGAAUUGUCUCAAUACACACACCAAACGUUUCUGCCAAAUUGGUGAUUUUCAAAUGUUGUUUUAAAAUCCUUGAGUUUUUUAUUUUUAUUCUAAGAACGGUUUCUUUUGCUGUUGUACAGAUCCAGCUUGUAGCUAAACUAGCAAGCCAUGUUACCGAAAAAGGAACCGCUGUUUGGAUCUAUAUUGUGUCAGUUCUCGGAGGCCUUGCUCUUUUGGCCCUUGUAGGACUUGCCCUUCAUAAGGUAGGU